AUGGAGCAGGAAGGAGGUGAUGGUAUAUACCUAGGCCUCCCUGAAUCUUUUGGAGGCUCUAGAGUAUCCAUUUUGAGCUUCCUCAAAGAAAGACUCGAGCAAAGAAUCGGUGGCUGGCAAAAUAGGUUCCUUUCUCCAGCAGGCAAAGAAGUGCUUCUCAAAGCAAUUGCUUUAGCUCUUCCAACCUACACAAUGUCGUGUUUCCUGGUGCCAAAGACGAUAUGCAAGAAAAUUAUGGCUAUAAUGUCAGAUUAUUGGUGGAAGAGCAACACAGCGUCAAAAGGAAUGCAUUCGAGAAGUUGGGAGAGCCUAUGCUCCCCAAAGGACAAAGGAGGACUCGGUUUUAAAGAUCUAGAAGCUUUCAACACGGCUCUGCUCGGGAAGCAACUCUGGCGCAUUAUCACCCAACCAGACUCAUUGCUAGCCAGAAUCUUCAAAAGCAGAUACUUUAGAUCCUCCGACCCUCUCAAUGCCCCACUAGGAUCCCUGCCCUCAUAUGCCUGGAGAAGUAUCCACUCAGCUCAGCAUCUGAUCAAACAAGGCGCUAAGGUGAUCAUUGGAAACGGUUGCAGAUCUGAUGAGGUUGAGGGUGUGGUCAGUGAACAUCCUAUGCUCUCAGUUGCGGAGUUGCACAAGUGGUGGAAUGAAAAGUUUGGCUCUGAGCAAACUUUUCUUACCCAACUUGACAUGGAAGGUGAGGAAGUUAGUGAUGCAAAAACACUGUUGCAGGAUGCGAAAAAGAAUGCUAUCAAAAGACUCUUUGGAGAUUGGGAUGAGAGUUUCAGAUUCAUACCCAAGUUGAUGUCUGCGCUUCACUCUUCUAACGGGCUGCUCGUGGACUGGGAGUAUGAUUCUUUGCCUAACCCUGAACAUGCAUCCUUUCGAAGAGUGUUUUGGGCGUUUUCACAGUCUGUUGAAGGGUUUAAGCAUUGUAGACCUGUGGUUGUUGUGGACAGCAAACAGUUGAAGGGUAGGUACAAUAUGAAACUGAUGAUAGCCUCAGGGUUUGAUGCAGCCUACAAAAGUUUCCCGCUUGCCUUUGCGGUUACUAAAGAAGUAUCCAUUGAUAGUUGGUGUUGGUUUCUCACUAGAAUCAGAGAGAAGGUAACACAAAGGAAGGGCCUUUGCCUCAUCACAAGGCAUCACCCGGACAUACUCGCUGUUGUUAACGAACCCGGGUCUCAGUGGAAAGAGCCCUGGGCUUAUCACAGGUUCUGUCUGACUCAUCUGUGCUCCCAAUUCUCUCGCCUCUUCCCAGACCACCACCACCACACGAAGUAUCUUGUGAUGCAGGCUGGUUCUUCGACUCAGAAGGCAGAAUUUGAUUCCUACAUGAAGGACAUCAAAGAGAAGAGUCCAGAAGGCUGGAAAUGGCUAGACCGAAUCCCUCCGCAUCAGUGGGCUCUGGCGCAUGACAGUGGGCUUAGAUACGGAGUCAUGAUGAUAGAUAGAAAAGCUUUGUUUGCAGUUUGUAGAAGCUUUCAGAAAGUUGCAAUGACAGGGGGUGUGUACACAGAAAAUGUCAUGAGAAAAUUUCAAGAGUCUUUGAUAGAUUCCGGUGCUUACGUUGUAACGCCGUUAGAAAGCGAUGCAUUUCAGGUCUCAGGACCCUCAGAACGCGUCUCCAUGAGGCAUUUAAUGGAGAAAUAUAAGGAAUGCAUUGUUGAGUUGAAUGACUCAACCUGUACUUGUGGGAAGUUCCAAAGGAAGAGGUUUCCAUGUCUGCACGCUCUAGCUGUCUUCCAGAAGAUGAAAAUCAACCCUUUGCCGUAUGUGGACGACUGUUACUCUGUUGAAAGCUAUUACAAAACUUAUGAGGCUACAUUUUCUCCUGUUCCGGAGAUGUCAGCUUGGCCGGAAGCUUCUGGAGUUCCUACAUUGUUUCCCCACGUCAUUGCACCACCUCCACUUAAAGUAUCAGGAAAAGGGAAAGGAAAAAGCAAAAGCAAGGAGCCUCCUAGUGAUGAAGAGUUGAGAAAUGCAAUUCUUGAUAUCUUGAAAGUGAUGGACUUUAAAAUGGUAAGGACUUCGAACACCAUCAUGUAA